AUGGCUAAUUUGGCAAAUACUAUGGAGGCUAAUGCUGAUGCGACUCUGCAAGCUGUGCAGAGGUUAGGCCAACUAGCUGGGAAUGGCAAUGAAAACGGUGAAGGGAAUGCUAAUGAUAAUGCUGAGGAAAACGGUAAUAACACCGGGAGAGUUCUGAUGAUCUUGGCGACGUUCCUCAAGGUUCAUCCGCCAAUUUUUCGAGGGUCAACUAACCCUACAGAAGCGGACAACUGGUUCCAAGGCAUGGAGCGUGCUUUACAGGCACAGCAUGUUUCAAACGAUCAGUAUGUUGAAUUUGCUGCUUAUCAACUGGCAGGAGAGGCCCAGCACUGGUGGCAAGCUAAGUGUCGCUUGCUACAACUUCAGAACGCCGAUGUUCCGUGGGACUUAUUCCAGACGGCUUUUUAUAAGAAGUACUUCCCUGAGUCUGUAAGGGAAGCAAAGUAG